AUGAAUGUUGGACAUAUCCUAAGAAGGCUGUUCAACCAGUCAUGGCUUCGCGAGACAGCUGUAGCGAGGGGCCAAGAGAACUCUUCAGUGGCGGGAUGGAAUAUUGUGCGCAUCAUUGGACCUCCUGCGGCGAGUAGUAGAGUUCGCCUGUCCUGA